CAUCCAUGGCGGUAGAUGCUCCUCCUCCAGUUGGCUUCUUAAAUCCACAGUUCCUCGCCGGCACCGGCACCGGCACCGGCAUAAAACGUUCAAGAGAUCUACUUACAGAUGAUUCAUCAGAACAAAUCUCUUUAAUGAUUAAACAACAGCAGAUCGAGAUUGACAGCAUAAUCGUCCAACAUGCAAGAAGGUUGAGAAUCGAAAUCGAAGGCCGUAGAAUUCAACAAACAAGGAUGUUAAUAUCUGCAGUUCGUGAAGGAAUUUGUAGAAAAAUGCACGAUAAAGAAGAGGAAAUCAAGAGAAUCGGAAGAAACACUUUGUUCCUUGAAGAUAAACUGAAGAUUCUAUGCUUCGAGAAUCAAUCGUUGAGAGAUUUAGCGCUUACGAACGAAGCUGCGGCCAUUUCUCUGCGUAGAAGCUUGGCGGAGAGUCGGAGACUCUGGCGAGUAUUUCCGGCGAGCGGUUGACGGCGGCUGAGGAAGUUGCAUCGUGUUGUUACGACGAUAAUCAUGAUGAUGAUGAUAAGGACGGUUAUGGCGAUGGCGAUUUGGAUAAG